CACACACACAAGCAUCCCAUUUAAAUAUUUUUGCGAUCUUUCAUUCUUUCCACUAUCGUAAAAAAAUAUGGAAGAAGUGGUGAAAGAAAAAUUCACCUAAGCACCGAACUUUAACAAUAAUUCCUUGACAUUCCAUAAUAGAGUCGACAUAUAAGCCUAAACCAGAGCACGUUUUGCAUAGCAGUAUAUCACUGCUUUACAACCACCACAAGGUUUAUUUCCGAUAUUUUUCUCAAUCAAAGACAGCCUAAGAGGUUUGUCUGUAACUUCCUCAGGCACAGACUUGUCAUAGCAAAAAAGAGAUUCAAGACAUCCGAGAUGAAAUACUCUCCAAAUUCCAGGACAUCCCGAGUGCUCUACUUGGCUUAAAUGCUUUUCAAAUGAAUGGUAAGCUUGUAUCCUCCAAGGUUUAUGAUUUGCUUAGGCCUAGGGCUGCCACCCGAGUGUGGAUGCCGUUUAUUUGGAAAGAUUACAUCCCUCCCAAGUUUUCCUUUGUUACUUGGUUGGCAUUCCGUAACAGAUUAGCCACGUGUGAUAAUCUUCAUAGAUUAGAUGUGGAUAAUACUUGUGUAUUGUGCAAGGGUGGACCGGAAACGGUUCCACACCUCUACUUUGAAUGCCCUUUUUCAGGAAAAGUUUGGGCUAUGACGAAAGCAUGGAUUGGCAUUCCACGAAUGAUGGGGACCCUAGCUAGUGCAGUCAAAUGGAUCAAGAAGGAAAGGAGUGGAGCUAGUGUACGAGCCAAGGCUGCCAGGAUUGCGUUCUCGUGCACCAUAUACUCGCUUUGGAGAGUCAGGAAUGCAGCUCGAUUUGAUGAUUUUUUGUCAAAGGAGGAGGAAGUUUUUGCCAGGAUACAAUAUGUUGUCUAUAAAAUUCUGUAUUGCAUCUAUCCUUAUGAUUUGGUAGUACUUUGAUAACUUUCCGCCCAUCACCUAUUUUUGUUUGUGAUAGGCCGUGAGGUAGUAUAGGGGCUGCUAUGGCACCCUUAUUUUGACAGGUGAUGGGUUAUCCAAUAUUUGGAUAGCCUACAUUUUUGCUCAUAUUUUUUGUUGUACAGACGAACUAUUGACGGUUUUUCUAAUAUACUUACAUGUUAUCCAAAAAAAAAAAGAGAUUCAAGACUGCUUAUUCUCUUAUACCUGCUCCCUACUUCAUUUGAAACUGCCAGAAUUCAAUUUCCUUUAUGUUAUCCACCGAUAAUACGCUUUCAUACAAAAACAGAGCUUAUAGUGAAAACGGAUCUGAGAGUGAAAUCUACGUGAAACGACACCAUGUUUCCAACAAGCAUGUUGUGAGCUGCAGAGCUGGAGUGAAUGAGAAGCCUUCAUGUUUAAACUUAUUCGGCCCUUAUGCAAACACAGUUCGUACGGUUCAAUUCGCAGCAGUGUGAUUCACGUACAAUCCCAAUUCCCUAGUCCGUACACCAUGAUGAGGAGCCAUCUCUUCUGUUCUCACUUUCUCCGAAGUGUUCUUCUGGCUGUGCUUUUGGCAACACCAUCUUAUAGUUAGGUAGAUUAAGAAUAGUGAAAGAUGAUAUGAAUUAUUGAGGGUAUGAUGGGAAAAUAGUGGAAUAAUGUGGUGGAAUAUAGGAUAAAUCCAAAAAAAGUAGUUGUAAUAGUGUAUUAUUUUAAGAAUUAUUGAGGGUAUGAUGGGAAGAUUUAGAAAUGGGAAGAUUUUUGUGUUACGGACGAAAAAGGAAAGUGGGAAGAUUUUUAAGUUACGGAGGGAGUACAUUAUACUGUGUUUCUUUUAAUGUUGCAGGAGGAUGUAAAUAAAUAUUGUUUGGCAAAACCAACUGCCCCACCCAAAGCUUUGCAAGAAUUUAUAGAUACUAAUUGUGGAGAUUAUGGUUGUAGUCAAAUUCACCCGGGCGGACCAUGCUAUCAACCAAACACCUUAACACAACAUGCAUCUUUUGUUCUUGACCUAAUUUACGCGUUGAGUCACGUGUGCAAUACAACAAUUGGUCAUUUGACAACCGACGAUCCAUCUACUCCGGAUUGCCGUUAUCCGGGUUAUUCGGUUCAGCUGUCCAGUGGAGGAUCUAGAAGAAUAAACGUUAUGUGGGAUUAUAUUAUUUUUAGCAUCCUGGUAGCAUCGUGAUAAUGUGAUAUGUCAAAUUAUUAAGAGCAAACGUGAAAAUAUUAUCCAGAUAAAUUCCUUAUGUAUGAUUUUCUUUUCAUGAAGAGGCUUUCGUAAUGUGGUACUUUGAAGUA